AUGGAUGGAGAUGUGAUGAUCGCUGGGUUUUUCCCUCUCUACAUUUUGCAAUUUAAUCGUGGUAACAGUGAAGAUUCCAGACAAGGUGACCUUACACCAAUCUUAAAGGAUUAUCAGCUUGUUUUGGCCUUGGCUUUUGCUAUUGAGCAGAUCAACAAAAACCCUUCUCUUUUACACAACUUGACUCUGGGAUUCGAUAUCUAUGAUGCUCAAUACAGAGGUUGGACAGCGCUUAGGAAUCCCUUCACGUGGCUCUUUGGGAAUUACAAGAUUCCAAACUACUCCUGUAUGAGAGACAGUAGGUCUGUAGCAGUAUUUACAGGACCAUCAACAAUAACAUCUGACCAGAUUGGGACAUUGCUGAGACUCUACAGAUUUCCACAGUUUACCAUUGGUUCCUUUGAUCAAUCCCUGAGUGACCAUAACAAGUUUCCUGCUCUCUAUCAGAUGGCCAAAAAGGACACCUCAAUAACCACUGCUAUGGUGUCCUUACUACUUCACUUCAGCUGGAACUGGGUGGGACUGAUGACCUCACAAAAUGAGAAUGGUGUGUCAGUUCUUGCUGAAUUAAAAGAAGAGAUGGCCAAGAACAGACUUUGUGUGGCCUAUGAGGUAGUGAUCUCAAGCCAAGACCUGCAACAUUUAUACAAUAUGAUGGGAAAUUACAAUGACAUUAAUAAAGCUUCAGCACGUGCUGUCAUUAUAUAUGGUGAUCAAGAUUCACUGAAAGCUUUAAUGUUGGGUAUUGAGCAAAUACUCAUAAAAGGCAAAAUUUGUAUCAUGAACUCACAGUGGGAUUUCACCCUGAAAAGGAAGUAUUUCAUGGUAGGCUCAUUGCAUGUACCUCUUAUUUUUACACACCAUUAUGCAGAUGUUUCUGGGUUUACAGAUUUUGUCAAAGCAAUUCAUCCUUCCAAAUACCCUGAAGACUUUGUUCUUGCGAAGCUGUGGUUUCUGUCAUUUAAUUGCUCAGAUUCUGAGUCUGACUGUGUGACAUGGGACAACUGUGUUCAUGAUGCUUCUUUGGAUUGGUUGCCUGGGCAUAUUUUUGACAUGACUAUGUCUGGAGACAGUUACAAUGUAUACAAUGCUGUGUACUCUGUGGCCCAGGCUCUCCAUGAGCUGCUUCUUCAUCAAACAGAAGUUCAAACACUGGGAAAUAGAAAAGAAACAGUGCCUUCCCCAGUACAGUUGAACCCUUUUCUGAAGAGCAUCCAGUUUCAAAAUCCCAGUGGAGAUCAAGUGAUUUUGGAUGAGAAAAGGAAAUUGGAGCCAGAGUAUGACAUUCUGAACAUUUGGAAUUUUCCAGAAGGGCUGGAACUUGCUGUGAAAGUAGGAAAGUUUUCUCCCUAUGCUCCACAUGGCAAUCAACUGUCUUUGUCUGAAAAUAUGGUAGAGUGGGCCAUUGAAAGUACAGAGACUCCUCACUCUGUCUGCAGUGAGAGUUGUGAUCCUGGAUUCAGGAAAUCUCCUCAGGAGGGAAAGGCUGCCUGUUGCUUUGAUUGUGCCCCUUGCCCAGAGAAUGAGAUUGCUAAUGAGACAAAUAUGGAGCAUUGUGUAAGGUGUGAAGAUCAUCAGUAUGCCAACACACAUAGGACUAAGUGCCUCCUGAGAGUUGCAAGUUUCCUGGCUUUUGGCGAUCCCUUAGGCAUGGCUCUGGCCUGCAUAGCUCUUUGCUUCUCUAUGCUCACUGUUGUUGUUCUUGGGAUGUUUUUGAAAUACAAAGACAGUGCCAUUGUUAAGGCCAAUAACAGGGCUCUCAGCUACAACUUGCUCAUCUCUCUCAUCUUCUGUUUCCUCUGUUCUUUGCUCUUUCUUGGCCGACCCAACGCAGUCACAUGCAUCCUGCAGCAGAUCACAUUUGGGGUUGUGUUCACUGUGGCUGUUUCCACAGUGUUGGCCAAAACAGUGACUGUGGUUCUGGCCUUCAAGGCCACUUCUCCAGGGAGAAAAAUAAGGUGGCUGCUUGUAUCGGGGGCUCCUAAAUUCAUCAUCCCCAUCUGCACCCUCAUCCAGGCAACACUCUGUGGACUCUGGCUGGGAGCCUCUCCUCCCUUCGUUGACACAGAUGUGCACUCUGAACAUGGUCAUAUCAUAAUCCUGUGCAACAAGGGCUCCCUCACUGCCUUCUACUGUGUCCUGGGAUACCUGGGAUUCCUGGCCUUGGCCAGCUUCACUGUGGCUUUUCUGGCCAGGAACCUGCCUGACACCUUUAAUGAAGCCAAGUUCCUGACCUUCAGCAUGCUGGUGUUCUGCAGUGUGUGGAUCACCUUCCUGCCUGUAUACCACAGUGCCAAAGGGAAGGUCAUGGUGGCUGUGGAGGUCUUCUCCAUCUUGACCUCUGGGGCAGGGCUCCUAAGCUGCAUUUUUGCUCCAAAGUGCUACAUCAUCUUGGCAAUGCCAAAUAGAAAUUCUCUGCAUGGUUUCAGGGAUAAAAAACAUGGUAGGAGAAACAAGCAUUAUUAA